CCGCUCGAAUCUUUAAACAACUUAUUACGUUCUGAGCUCUUCUCGAGUUCGGAUAAGUAAAUUAGUGGGUAAACAAUCAUAACUUUGUAAAAGAAAGAGAAUGAUGAUGUAAUUGUAUCAUAAAACCUCGAAUACAUUAAAUAUGGUUAUAUUACUGGUGUUUCUACUUGUAAUAGGAACUAUCUACAGUGGAGAAGCCCUGUACUUUGAGGACGGAUAUGACCAUCAUUAUACAUAUUCCUCCGAGUCGGACAUUCUCGGCUUGCAUAACAUAACAACUAUUAUCAAGUUCCGUAUUCGGUCAGUAAAUGAUACAGACGGCGGGACGUCUCUACACCAGUUAAUGGUUGAUAGUUUUGUGCAAGUCUCUGAAAAAGGAUAUGUUGUGGACAACCCCGAACAUUGGCAAUUCACUCAUAAAUUCUUUUUCACGGUGGGAAACGACGGUGUCGUGACAUUCGUGCAUUUUCACCCAGAAGAGAAGAAUGAAGUCCUAACAAUGAAGAAAGUUCUAGCAAGUACUUUGUCCAUAAAAAGACAGGUAGAUGAUGGCGAUCACUGGAGAUUUACGUCUAAGGAAGAAGAUCACGCAGGUGAUCUAGAACAUGAGUAUGAGGCCACUCGCCACAGUGAUGGUAUAACAUUCCAGCGCAAACAUCAAAGCUUAAAAGAUGUUCAUAGACUUCAUAAUAAGUCUGUUCAUCUUGAUCUGAGAGGUACACCAGUUCACGUAGAUUCCAUAGAUAACAUUACAUUACGCCACACGCCAUCUAAGGUGUCCAGUAAAACAAUGGAUGGUUUUCAAGAGAUAGAAGAUGUACAUUCGGGAGAAUUCCCAAAGAUCGGCUCUAUCUCAAAAAGUAAAGUGAAGAUGACAUCUAAAAGGAAGCAUAAUGAACGGACAAGCCACAGUCUACGUGGAAUGCAGAAAGAUACACUGACUGUACGACAGGUACCUCCAGAGAAAGUGUCAUUGCAGAAAGUGGAGAAAGAAAUACAAAGUCAUCUGGCAUGUGUUCACUCUAUAGAAAAUAAAUAUGAUAGAAACAGAACAGAAUGUGUGCACAAUUUACGAGAAUUGAUAUAUUCCCUGAAAAAAGAAGACUUCUUAACUUUUGGCACAAAAGUACUUACACGCACCUGUGAAGAAAUCGACAUUUUAUGUAAAGAUGAAAGAAAUCUUUUCAUAGACAUUAUAGCACGUGAAGGAAGCGUUGAGGCACAGUUAUUGGUUCUUGAUUUGGUCAUGAGUAGGUCAAAUGUCACUGAAGACGACUUAAGAAGAUGUUUAUUUCAUGCAAUAGCCAUACCAUCACCAGCACUUGAAAUUGUUCAGCACAUUGAGGCCCUCUGCUUCGAUGAGGAUUCAAAACCAGGAGAGACACCUACGUUAACAAAGACCAGGAAGAGAGCAUGUUUAUCACUUGGGGCCAUGGCUAAAUCACUACAUGACAAGAACAUGACAGAGUCGGACAGAAUUGUUGAGAAAAUCGAAAACUGGCUUGAUCAUCACAAUGAAACAAGAUCAAUGGAUAUUGUAAAACCAAGAGAAAGACGAUCUAUUACUCAGCAUGAUAUGCCAGCUAGAAAACAUAUUGAAACAAAGAUGGUUCUCAUUCAGAGUCUUGGAAACGCAGGCAAAUCUAGAUCAAUCAAGCACAUCAAGUCAUAUAUGGAGCCUAAUGUUGGCGUUACCGCAUGGCGCCGAGCUGCUAUACAUAGUCUUAGACAUUUCUCAUGUAACGAGAGUGCACAUGCACUUUUAACGAGUGCUGUACAUGACGACGAUGAUAUUGUACGAAAGACGGCAACAAAUGUUUUAAAGAAACAUCCAAGAAGUGACAAAUUCACCAUGGAACAAGAAAAUGUUGUCCUAAGCAAGAAUUACAGUUAUCCUAUUGUUUCGCGUGUACGACGAAGUUUGCUGCAGACUUUGGAACAGGGCAUCGAAGUUCUUAUCAAACCUCCGGGUAUUGAAUGGGACAAGACGAUCGGAAAUAGUGCUAUUGGAGCCAGUUUUGGUCUUCAUAUACGAAAUAUUCUGGACCUUAAGCUAGCACUUCUAAGCGGCCAUUUCAUGAUAGACGUCUAUGAUGGUGCUUAUGCUGAAGCUCAUGUUGGAAUGAUCAACUUUCAAGUAGACAUCGUCAAAGCUUAUGUAUGCUUUAAAGGUCGUAUUGCGUAUGAUCUCAACGUAUUAAAGGACUUUGGUAUAAAUAGUUUGUCGGACUUGGUGCACAUCUAUGACAAAAUCGUUGCUAAAAUUGUAACGCCAAUAACCGAUGCUGUCAAACAUUUCCGAGAAAUCAUCAUGCUCUUUAAAGGUCGAAGCCUUAGUACAAUUGUCAACACGAUUGUGAAAGUCGUGAAAAAUCUGCCAACUAUUCUUGGAGAUGUAGCUCAAAGGCUAAAGAACUUUGUUGAAGAAAUAUUUAAUAUCGCUGGAUCCACAAUUGUUGAAGAAAUAAAAAUCAUUGUACAAAAUGUCCGUAAUUUCGUAGAUGGUAUUAAGCAAGAUGUCUUAAAGUUUUACAAUGAUAUCGUCGAUGCUGUUACUCUCGGGCUUCCAUACAUAUCGAAGAAAAUUGUUGAUGCAUACAAUCUUAUUAUAAGUGCUUUAAGCCAAUUACUGAAUAAUCCUAUGCAAGCAAUAACAUCGAUGUCAAGGGCCAUAUCGAACAUAAAAAUGGCGGUAACAAUGGCUGUUGAUAUAAAAAAUAAAGUGAUUGACGCAUGUAUGUUCUUGAAAGGUCGUGCGGUGGAAUGGUUGAACACAGCUAAGCAGAUACCUAGUAUAGUCAGGCGUCUUGGUGAAGCUCUGAAGAAACUUGUGAAGUCUAUUACAGGUCGCAAGCGCCGUGACCUGGAGUCAGAAAUGACCACAGCCCUUAGUGAUGGCAUUGGUGAUAUGAAAAACUCACUCCACAACUUGGAAAGUGAUUUGAAAGCGAAAUGGGACCAAGUUCUUGAGCCCUUAAAACCUUUAAUUGAUAUUGUGAAACCGUUUGUUGAUGAAUUCAAGGCGAUUAUGGAUCUGAUAAAAGGAGUAAAAUGGGGUUACAAAAAAGUGAAAGAAGUAAUCGAAACCAGCAAAUCACUAGUACAGAAGGUCUUUGGUCCCAAAUUCCACAGAAAUUUUCCGACAGAAAGGCGCAAGGCAAAGGGAUCCUGUAAAGAAGGGGUUUGGCCAACAACGACGCAGAAAACAUACCAAACAACUGGUGUUGACAUAGCAUUAGGAAGGGGACAGUCGAUAGUGAUGCCAGUAAACGGAAUCCUGCAUGUUGAAUCAUCUAAGAAUCGAGUUGUCGUUCAGCCAAUAGAUCCCGAGUUUAUAGUUCUUGAGAUCGUUAUUGAAAACAUUAACCCCGAUGAAAAGUGGGACGGGAAACAAGUUAAAGCUGGUGACAAAAUUGGACGAGCGUCAAAGGCACCAAAAUGUGAGCCAAAUUUCAUCCACGUGUCUGUACGGCAAGCACAGGAUGAAACUAUUCCAGAUGCAGAUUAUGACUAUACUGAUCCCGGACCAUUUCUAGAUCGAUUGGUCCCGAUUCCAAAAUGGAUACAAGAAUGCAAUGACCACGAGUUUAGGUAUAUUGGUCAAACCUUUGAAUCUGGAGAGACAGACGAGGAAGAAGACCCCGAGUCUAAAGAAGAAAAAGUUGAAAGAGACCCACCAGAUUUUGAUGAACUUGAUGAUAUGCUAGGAGAUGAGGAUCCUGCAUACAGGCCUGAUGACCCUGCUCUAUAUGAUCCAACUUCAUUUGGAGACAGUCUUAAAGAAAGUUUGAAGGAACAAGCCAAAAAAUUUGCUGACUUUUUCAAAACAGCCCUAUUUGGAAAGGGCGGUCCUAAAAUUCCCAACAUUUUGGACAUUGUUAACGUGAAUAAUAAGACUGUUAACUGGGUGUUUGAAAAUUUGGCACAAGGGAAACAACUUUAUAAUGACUUCAAUAAACUGGUUGAUACAAUGGCAUGUUCCAUGGUUGCUGUUCCGGUCGGGAAUCCAGCAACUAUGUCACUAUCCUUUGUUAAGAAAUUUAUAAAAUUGCAAGGAGUUACUAGCUCUGUGAAGGGCGGAGAUGUCAGUAACGUCGCUGAUAGCCUGAUGGAAACAGCUGGAAAAGUAUGUCCGUGGUUUAAAGGUAGAAUUGCUGCUGGUUUUGGCCAUGUUUGCACUGUACACGAGUGUUGUUUAGGUAUCACGUGCAGUGUACCUGUCCCAUUUGGCGCCGAAACUAAGCACGUUGAAUUUAGUUUUGAUGUUAAGCCUAGUGAUUUAAAACUACUAUUUAAAGUCAACGGGAAAUCAUUUGAAUUCACAGCUAAUGCAUUAGACGAAGAAAUCAAAACGGGCAUAAAACUGUUUGGCAUGGAAGUAUUUCUGGUAACGAACGCUGAAUUAAAGAAAGGCGUUGUUUCUAUGAAUGCUGAAGUCAAGCUGUGCACUGGUCUCUUCGCCACAUGCUUGCCACCAAUCGACCUUUUCCAUGAGAUCAAGUUUGAUUUAGGAACAUCAUGCAAGACAAAGCGAUCGACCAGUUCGUGCUCUAUAAAAAACAAGGCACACAUUCUUGACAUGUCAAUACCAACCUUCGUGGCACAGCUUGGAGAGUAUAUGUUAUUAGAUCAUAACGUUACAAAGGUUUUAGAAGAUGUAAGGGAUACGGUUGUUAAAGAGCUUAUGAAAGACCUUGCAGACAAACUUGGCGAAAUAGGGAAAGAGUUUAAAAAUAAAGUAGAUUUCUGUGUUAGUGCAAAUAUUCCUGUUCCACCGUUUGACAUAGUAUUCUUCGAUGUUCGACAACAUUUCAUGGUUGGACCUGUUCCUCUCUCGCUAGGAUUUGGUGCUGGUGGAAGUGUCGGUUUGGGUGUUAAAGUUGGACUUUGUGUACUCAGUAUGACAACACAGUUAACUUUGACACCCUGGGUAGGUGGUAAAGUGUGGGGCGAUGCCGCUGUUGACAUAUUCAUUGCAAGGGGAGGAAUACGUUUAAUAGGAUAUUUAAUGGAAACCAAAUUCCCCAUGACAACAGAACUUGUCUUCUCAAAAUAUCCUAUUGAUGUCGGGGCAAAAAUGGACAUGGUGUUAACACCUCUGCGUCUUCAGCUAAAAGCUUUUGCAGAGUUAAAUCUUCUCUUUACGCGGGUGACCGUGUUUGAAGGUCUGCUUUGGGAAUAUUCUGUUCCAACAAUCCGCAAAAAUAUUUUCCACAAGAAGAAACGAGAUGACGACCCUUCUCCUCCUGCAGUUUUACCUAAUACUAUUAAUGAAAGGAGAAAAAGGUCUGGAACUAGAGGAUGUAUUGUACAACAAGUUUUCGGAAGACCGUACUACGAUCCAGCUUUUAGAAUAGAAAUGCACGCACAAGAUGAGGUCAGUGAGGUAAAAUUAUUCUAUGCGAUUGGAACACAUCGUGGUGGAACAAACCUCGUUGACUGGACUGAUAUGGGAGGUAAUUCGCUCAUGGUACCGUCAAAACUUCCGGGAGGAAUACCUUUAUACUGGUCAGUCAAGGCACAAAAUAGUCAAGGCUUGUCUUCGAUAAGUCAAUGUUUCCUAAACACAUAUGAUAGCACCCUGCCAGACGGAAGAGUGGAACAUCCUUACAAGUUUUCUAGUCAUCCAAAUAAAAUCAUAGCGUCAGUCGUAGCCUUUGAAGACAGUCCAUUGGUAGAAACACACUACAAAGCUGUAGGUUUUAGUCCCGGACAAUUUGGGUCUCAAUUUGUGGAUUGGCAGGUGCUUCGACUUGAUCAUUCUACAACACGAAAUGGAGUAAACGGUGCGUUAAAACAUUUCACAAUUCCUAGGGAGGGAAAGUUGGUGGCAUGGAUUCUAACGUCGAAGAAUACCCCUGAUGCAGAGGCGUGUGCUCAGAUAUGCAUUAGCUAUGGAUCGAACUGUGUGUCCUUUGACUAUGAACAUCACUCGGAGACAUGUGACUUACAUGAUGUUGUACAAGGUGCUAAUGCUUACCUACGCAUAAGUGGUACAUACAGUAACUACGAAAGACUUGGUAGUGGUUAUCAUACACCAAUAGAAUAUUCUGGUUUGCCGCUGACACAUGGUUCAACAUACUUUUGUUAACACAAAAGUUAGGAACGUUCUAGGCUAUGAUGCUUAUCUUGUAGGCGAAGGAACAAUGGUAGAUUUUACUCCACCUGAACCUGGUAUAAUUAAGAAUGCACGUCAAGAUAUCUUACGGGCUGAUAAA